GGCAGGCCCGCAGAGUUGAUAUCUUAAUAACUUACAAAAAAAGGCUUUUGUCAUGUUUUGUUAUUGCCUGAGCGACGAUUCCAAAAGCCAACAGAAAAGCCGGCAAAAUUGUCUUACUUCCUAUAGCAGACUGGAGAAGGAGGGAUUUCCCUCCUGAAAACUUUGGACUUCUUUCCAACGAGGGGGUUGGGGGUUGCACUUGCCCGGUCUCAGAUGCAUACACUGCUGCCGCGGUUUGUAGAAGGGGGCCAUUAUUUUAUGCAUUGCCUUCGUAGCGCAGUCAAGUGGAAAAAAAAUAUUCCUCAACGUUUUAAGCAGUUGAAAUGGGAAAGGACGCAUACGCGUUAUUAUCUGGAUAAGAGCAAACGUAGCAUGCUAUUCGAAGGAAACCCGUGAAGUAACAUGGAUUAGUCGUAUCAUCAUUUUUAGAAUAGUUUGAGGAAUUUUGCACAAUAUCCGCUCUUCAUCGAAUCUUUGGAAAUACCCGAGCAGGGACGUCAACAACGGAGCAGCGGUGUAGUAGUUUCUCUGUGAAGUUUCAUUGAAAGAGUGGCUGGGGCUAAGCGACGUGGACCAGCGCAUCUAUGCGUUGGAGCACCUGGAGGAACUGGUGACGCUACAGGACCAGGAGGAGACCCCCACCGAACCCCCUGGAGACACCCAUCUCGGUACCUGCCCCCCCCCAACAGCAGCAGCACCAUGAGCAGCAGAGCCUAGUCAGAGCGGUGCCGGAGGAGCGCGGUGAGAGCAGCCACACAGUUGGUUCUGAAGAGGGGGAGUCAGAAAGGAGAAGAUUUGGGGGAAGAGCGGCAGGAAAUAGCAGUCGAAAUGUUUCGGAAAAAAGCUUCAUCCUCCUUGAGAAUGAGAAGAAUAUCAGAAAGCAAUAGAUGGAACAUCGAUCGCGGGCGCAGCUCAUCCUUCCAUGAGGUGCGUGGUCUUCGGGAAACUGAAAUGAGGCCGGUGGCCGACGAAACGUCAAGCAGCAGCAACAGCAGCAACAACACUGUCCUGCAGCGACUCCUACAGGAGCAGAUGCGCUAUGGUGAGGGACGCAACUACCAGCUGGCCAUGCAGCAACAUCAACAACAACAGCAGCAGCAGAGGCAGCAGCAGGAGGGAGGGGUGAGCGGGGGCUACCCGGGCCAUGUUGGCCCCAAUGAUGAACGGCACGACUCUAUGGUGCCCCACAUCGCCCGGCAGGAGCCUCAGGGACAGGAGCUGCAGGCAGACAGUGGCGUGGAGAAGCUUGGCUCCCGCGGCGGGGGUAGUAGUGGAGGAGGAGGAAUGAGUGGUGGUGGGGGAGGGAGUAGCCAGGGUCCCAACCCCGAGGACUUACCCACCUACGAGGAGGCCAAGGUGCAGUCGCAGUAUUUCCGGGGCCACCCGCACCACCAGCAACAUCAACAACACCAACAACAACAACAGUUGCCUCCGUCGGUGGGCGCUGCGUUUUACGUGACAGCUGCAACCAACAACGGCAAGGUGCGUACGGAGGGGCGUCCAACGGUGCAGCGGCUGAGCACCGGGGGCAAAGUGCAUCAGGACGACGGACUCAAGGACCUGAAGCAAGGUCACGUACGUUCCCUCUCCGAGCGCCUCAUGCAACUCUCGUUGGCCACCAGCGGGGUCAAGGCCCACGCCCCCAUCACCAGUGCCCCCCUUUCCCCCCAGCUUCCCCCUCCAGGUCCCCCGGGGGAUUACUACAAGCCCUCAGGCCAGCACCGGGGCCCCCCACCUGACUACCCCUUCAAGAACAUGGGCUCCCCUUCCAAACAGCAGCCCCAGCAUCAGGAGCAAGGAGGGCACUAUUACCAGGAGCAUCGGCCCAGGGACCAGGGCAGGAACGAGGUUCCACACGUCCGCUACCAGCCUCCACCAGAGUACGGCUCCUUCAGAUCCAAUAAGGAGAGCUCGGUCCACUCCCAGAGAUCUGUCCAUCACCACAGCCCCACCUCCUCUGUCACCUCUGUGGGCUCUCUGUCCCGAGCCCAGUCCUCCACCCUCAAUAGUCUCCUCAGUGCCUCUCACCCAUCCCACACACCCCCCCACCCCCAAGGGGAUCCCUACGCCUCCACGGGCCCACGCAGCCCCCAGGGCCCUGGAUCACACCAGGGAGACCUGUACUGCCCUGGGGCCAUUCACCCUCCACUUCAGAGGGGCCACGGCUUCCCACACGACCCCUACGGCUCCACCUCCAGGAUGCACCACCAGCAGCAGCAGCACCACCAAUUUCAACAACAGCAACAACAACACCAGCAGCAGCAGCAACAACAACAACAACAACAACAGCAGCAGCAGCAGCAGCAGCAACAACAACAACUCCAGCACCAACAGUACCACUCCCAGUCAUCCCAGGGCCACCCUCCCCAGCACUACCCCAACCCCCAGGGGGACCCCUUCGCCAUGAUGGCACGCGCCCAGCAGAUGGUGGACAUGCUGUCAGAAGAGAACAGGCUGCUCAAGCAGGAGAUGGCGGUGUGCUCUGAUAAGGUCAACAAGCUGCAGAAGUUGGAGACAGAGAUCACGUUGGUUUCGGAGGCCUACGAAAACCUGGCCAAAUCCUCCACUAAAAGGGAGGCUCUGGAGAAGACCAUGAGGAACAAGCUGGAGCUGGAGGUGCGCAGGCUGCACGACUUCAACAGGGACCUCAGAGAGCGCAUGGAAACUGCCAACAAACAGCUAGCUGCUAAGGAGUGUGAGGGAUCGGAAGACAACCGCAAGACCAUCUCUCAGCUACUCACCCAGAACAAAGAGACGGUGCGUGAGAAGGAGAAGCUGGAGAUAGAGCUGAACGCCCUGCGCUCCACCACGGACGACCAGAGACGACACAUUGAGAUUAGAGACCAGGCUCUCAACAACGCCCAGGCCAAAGUAGUCAAACUAGAGGAGGAGCUGAAGAAGAAGCAGGUGUAUGUGGAGAAGGUGGAGCGCAUGCAGCAGGCCCUGGCCCAGCUCCAGGCUGCCUGUGAGAAGAGAGAGCAGCUGGAGCACCGCUUACGCACGCGGCUGGAGAGGGAGCUGGAGUCACUGCGCAUGCAGCAGAGACAAGGGGUCUCCCAGAGCAGCAGCAGUGGUCAGGAGUACAGUGCCACGGCCCUGAUGGAGCACCUGAGGGAGAAGGAGGAGAGAAUCCUGGCUCUGGAGGCAGACAUGACCAAAUGGGAGCAGAAAUACCUGGAGGAGAGCGUUAUGAGGCAGUUUGCCCUGGAUGCCGCCGCCUCUGUCGCCACCCAGAGGGACACAUUGUCGUCGGUGAUAAGCCACUCUCCCAGCAGCAGCUAUGAGCAGCAGCUGUCAGUGGAGGCUCGUAUCCAGAAGGAGGAGGAGGAGAUCCUCAUGGCCAACCGCCGCUGUCUAGACAUGGAAAGCAGGAUAAAGAACCUGCACGCCCAGAUCAUAGAGAAGGAUGCCAUGAUCAAGGUGCUCCAUCAGCGUUCCAGGAAGGAUCCCAACAAGGACCGGGACGCCCAGGCCAUCAUGCGGCCCUCCAAGUCCCUGAUGUCCAUUGCCAACACGGGGGGCUCGGGCCUGCUCUCCCACAGCCUUGGCCUCAGCAGCUCACCCAUCACAGAGGAGCGCAAGGACAGCAGCUGGAAGGGCAGCCUGGGAGUUCUGUUGGGUCCAGAGUACCGUACUGACUCUCUGAGGACAGAGUCCAUCUCGUCAUCUCCCUCUCCGGUCCUGCCCCUGACAGGGGGCCACUCUAAGACAGGCAGCAGGGACAGCUGCACUCAGACAGACAAGGGCCAGAGCCAGGGUCAGGAGGCUAGCAGCAAGCCCAGCACCCCAGCCCUGCAGAGCAUGACCCUGCCAAGCCGACUCUCCAGCCCCAGUCCUGUUUACAUACCAGACCGCAUCGCAGAUGUGCCUGUGUUCCAUAGCAGUACCCUGGAGAGGCGCGCCCCUGUGCAGUCCCACCCCCAGCCCCCAUCAGCCUCCCAACAGGAGUUGGACAACGACAUGGUGGAGGUCCUCAUCUGAACCUCAACCCCUGACCUCUGAACCGUGGCCUCUAUAGGUCACAGGACAGGACGGGAGGAGAAUGUGUGUUUGUGCACAGUCGACACACUCACACACAAACACAUUCAUACACACACUUUCAAAAUAGGUGAAGGAUUACUUUUUUUUCAUUUAAAAAAAAUAUAUGUUUGGUGUUUAACUAGGGUGUGUUAAAAUGCACUAUUUUUCUAGAUGUGUUUUUAAUGAACAAUACCAUGUUUUAAUUAAUACCAUGUACAGUUUGAGUCGGGAGGUUUUAGUGUCAUCAGAAUGAUCAAUUAACUCUCUUGUACAGUGUUGCUGGAGGCUAUUGGUUAACUAGCCCCCUUGGACCAAAAUUAUUGGCUACCAUUCAUUGCAUUUAUUGCACUACUUAUUUUUCUGAGUGUGUUUCAAAACGUUGUUUUUUAACAUUUAGUCUGACUUAGGUGUUCUUAUUUAUGUGUGUUAGUACUUUAUUCACCAAUGUUAGAUGUGGCACUUGGGUAAUCAAAGAUAUAUUGUAAACUACAAAACAUUAUUUUAACCUGUAAAUACUGUAUUUAGAUACUGUGUGUAUGGCAUGUGUAUCAUUUAACUGAACCGAAUGGAAUAGGUUUUUAGAAGCCAUUCAGUUACAUGGCACUGCCAGCCAAGGACCACAAUGCACUGUUUAAAGUAUUGGGGGCCCAGCCUCACAUGUCACAGUGGAGAGCAUAGGGGAGCGAGAAUCACACCUUUCUACUGUGGUCCAAUGUGCUGCAUGUGUGACCCCACUGGAUGGGGUCAGUCUCUUUGAAGUACAGUAGAAGAGGUUUGGUGUUCACCAAUGUGUCUAUGCUUCAGUUAUAAGGUUCUCCACCAUACCUGUUAAGUGUAAUUCCUUCCAGUCUGGCUGGGUUUGGUUAGGGUCUUCCACCCAAACUUGCUUCAAAUGAUUUUAGGCCUAAAAUAGUCAGUUGGGAUUUUAACUUCUAGUUUAUGCAACAAUCAGACAUUCUGGUAAUUACCUGUUCUUCUACACCUACACAAAUUAACAAGCUUGAUUGGCAUUGUGUGUAUACAGUGCAUUUGAAAGUACUCAGAACCCUUGACUUUUCCCCCAAAAAUUACAUUACAGCCUUAUUCUAAAAUGGAUUAAAUUGUUUUUUCCCCUCAUCAAUUUGCACACAAUACUGACAAAGUAAAAACAGGUUUUUAGAGAUUUUUGCAACAAAAAAAAAGAUAUUACAUUUACAUAAGUAUUCAGACCCUUUACUCAGUACUUUGUUGAAGCACCUUUGGCAGCGAUUACA